AUGACACGAUGUUCAUUUGAUAUUCAUGUUCAAGAAAUACUUGGUACAUUGUUAGUUGGAGGCACACUGAUUAUGCUACAUCCAGGUGGAACUAUUGAUUUCGAUUAUUUAUCUAAAUGUAUAUUCAUUGCUUUAGGUGAACCUUUUUCUGCUCCAUUAAUUGAUUUGAUUGUGCAAAUCGAUAUAACAAACUGUAUUGUAUGGAAUUUGUAUGGUCCAGCUGAAGCAACUAUAGAUUGUACAUUUCAUCAUGUGAAUGUCACAAAUAAUAUACAAAGCAUUUCAAUUGGUAAACCACUUUCUAAUUAUCGAUGUGUGAUUAUAAAUCAAUAUUUACAAUCAUCUGCCAUUGGUCUAGAAGGUGAACUGUUUGUAGGAGGAGUGGGUGUAUUUGCUGGUUAUCUUGGACGUGAUGAUUUGACUGCAAAAGCUCUUGUUCAGAUAGAUGGUCAACUAUUUUAUCAAACAGGUGAUCUUGUUAGAAUAGAUAACAGUGGUCUUCUUCAUUAUCAAGGAAGAAAAGAUCAUCAAAUCAAACUUCAUGGACAACGUAUUGAACUUGGUGAAAUCGAACGAUGUUUACUUAACAUUACAUCUAUAUCUACUUGUGUUGUCAUGAAAUGGAAUGAUGAUUAUUUAGUUGCUUAUGUUCAAUCUUCUCAUACCAAUGAAGAACAACUACGUCAACAUUGUCAAUCUUAUCUUCCACCACACAUGAUUCCAUCAAUAUUCAUUAUUCUUGACAAACUACCUUUGAAUCAAAAUGGAAAAAUAGACAGAAAACAACUUCCUUCGCCCGACUUCUCUCUAUCGACUUUGUUAUCGUCUGAUAAAUCUGAUACU